AUGAAGUCUGCAUUGUAUUUGUGUUUGUUGCUUCUCGGACUUCAAGUCAAGGGUCAACAUGGCUCCAACCUCAAUGAUGAACAGCAAGAACAAAAAGUACCCCAUUCCCCAGAAGACCAUUCCCAGGUUGAAGAUGAAAACUUGGCUCUUGUCAAGAUAGCCCCCAGCAACGCUGAAUUUGCAUUUAGGUUUUACAAGCAGGUCAGAGAGGAGGCAGGCAACAAGAACAUUUUCUUCUCUCCUCUGAGCAUCUCCACUGCCUUUGCAAUGCUCUCCCUGGGGGCCAGAUCAAACACGCUCAAACAGCUGCACAAAGGCCUUGCUUUCAACCUGACAGAUAUGGAGGAGCGGGAGAUCCAUGAGGGAUUUCAGCAUGUCCUCCAGCUGCUGAAUGACCCUCACCGAGAAGUCCAGUUGAGCAUGGGCAAUGCCCUGUUCAUAGACAAUCAACUGAAACUGCUCCAAAAAUUUUUGGAUGAUGUCACAAAUUUUUAUUAUUCUGAAGCUAUUUCUAGUAACUUCCAGAAUUCUCCAGAGGCUAUAAAGGAAAUCAAUGACUACAUAGAAACAAAAACCCAUGGGAAAAUUGUUCGUUUAUUUAACAGUCUCGAUAAAGACACCGUGAUGGUUCUGGUGAACUACAUUUUCUUUAAAGGCUACUGGGAAAAACCUUUCAAAAAUUUCGCCACCAGAGACGAUGACUUCUUGUUGGAUGCCAAGAAUUCUGUUAAGGUCAAAAUGAUGCAUCAAAGCAAAAACUUUAAUAUCCAUAGGGAUGAGAAGUUGUCUUGCUGGGUAGUAGAAAUCCCAUACAAAGGAAAUGCUACUGCAUUGUUUGUUCUACCUGAUGAAGGGACAAUGAAGCAGGUGGAGGAUGCUCUGCUAAAAGAAACAGUAUCUAACUGGAUGCAAUCACUUGAAAACAGAAAAAUCUACCUGGACCUUCCAAAAUUCUCCAUCUCAGGCUCCUAUGACAUUAAGAGCCUGUUUGAGAAAAUGGGUGUGACAGAGCUAUUCAGUGACGCAGCUGAUCUCUCUGGAAUGGCAGAAAAUACUCUUCUGAAGGUUUCCAAAGCAAUUCACAAGGCCACGGUGGAUGUUAGUGAGAACGGAACAGAGGCUGCUGCAGUGACUGCAAUAGAAUUGGUACCAUUGUCUGCAGGGUUCCCUCCUCCUCCUCGCAUCAGAUUCAACAGGCCCUUCCUGAUGAUAAUUGUUGAUAAAAGCACCCACGGCAUCCUCUUCAUGGGGAAAAUUGUGAACCCAACUGCCAAGGAAGUCUAG